AUGUGGUACCUACCCAUUAAAGACAGGUUAAAAAGAUUAUACCAAUCGGAGAAGACUGCUGCAUGGAUGAGGUGGCAUGCUGAACAUGUCCAGAAGGAUGGCGAGGUCGCUCACCCAUCAGAUGCAAGGGCGUGGAAACAUUUCAACAAGGUAUACCCAGAUUUCGCUGAAAAUAUUCGGAAUGUCUAUCUUGGGUUAUGCACCGAUGGAUUUAGUCCAUUUGGUAUGUCUGGGAGACAGUAUUCUUUGUGGCCAGUUAUUCUUACGCCGUACAACCUGCCGCCGGAUAUGUGCAUGGAACAAGAAUUUCUAUUCUUGACCAUAUUAAUCCCUGGGCCGAAGCAUCCAAAACGGUCGUUGGAUGUAUUUCUUCAACCACUGAUACAGGAGCUAAAGGAGUUGUGGUCAGAAGGGGUAAGAACUUAUGAUUGUUCCACGAAAACCAAUUUUACGAUGCGAGCAGUUCUGCUGUGGACGAUAAGUGACUUUCCUGCUUAUGGAAUGUUGUCUGGCUGGACAACUCAUGGAAGAAGAAAUAAGACAUUGUUUAGGAAAAACAAAGUUGUCAGAGACAGUCCUCCUCCAUAUCUCACAGGCCAGCAGAUCGAGGAGGACAUUGAUUAUUACGGAGCUCAGAAAACUGUGAAGCAAGGAGGAAACUGGCAUGUUCCUGGUAAUAUGCAUGAUGGGUAUGGGGUUUCUCACAAUUGGCAUAAGAAAAGUAUAUUUUGGGAGCUACCUUACUGGAAAGAUCUUCUUUUACGCCACAACCUGGAUGUGAUGCAUAUAGAGAAGAACUUUUUUGACAACAUCAUGAAUACAAUACUGAACGUCCCAGGAAAGACAAAAGAUAACAAAAAGUCAAGGAUGGACUUACCCGAUAUUUGCUCAAGAAGUGAGUUACAUAUCAAGAGCAAUGGAAAUGUUCCUGUUCCCAUCUUUCGAUUGUCAUCAGAAGCGAAGUCAACUUUGUUUGACUGGGUUGCAUCAGAAGUGAAGUUUCCUGAUGGUUACGUUUCAAAUCUGUCAAGGUGUGUUGAACGAGGUCAAAAGUUCUCAGGAAUGAAGAGUCAUGAUUGUCAUGUGUUUAUGCAACGACUACUUCCAUUCGCUUUUGCUGAGCUCCUUCCAACAAAUGUACAUGAAGCACUUGCAGCGAUCGGAGCUUUCUUUAGAGACCUUAGCACACGUACGUUCAAGGAAGAAGUCAUCGAACAACUUCAUGAGAACAUCCCGAUCAUAGUGUGCAACCUAGAGAAGAUAUUUCCUAGAAGAUAUGAUGAUGGUGGAGUACCACAAUCUUAUGCAGUAGACGGUGUUCCUGACAUUUUCUGCCAAAUUGGACGGUUUGGUGGUAAACUGAGAGAAGUAUGGUGGUUCAGUGAUGAGGAUAAGCAUAGUGCCCACACUUAUAUUCUGCUCAACUGCGAGGAUGCUGUGAUGCGUUCUUUUGAAAGCUUGUUUGUAUCUCAAGUUGAAGAAGCAAUACCAGGAAUAUCCGGAACCGAGGUGGAUGCAAGGAAAGAUAAGCACUUUGUCAAGUGGUUAAAAGGACAGGUUGAUUAUGACGAUCCAUAUUAUCCUGUAUGGUUUCAUGAUUUGAUCCAAGGUCCAGUAGCAAAGGUCACCACAUCAUCUAUGUACUUCACACGAGGUUUCACUUUUCAUACAUAUGAGUAUGGGAGACGUCGGGCAACAAGCAACUACGGGAUAUGUGUGAAAGGUGAAACAGACUUUUACGGGAUCUUGCAAGAGAUUAUUGAAGUGGAAUUUCCAGGGUUGUUGAAGCUAAAAUGUGUCCUCUUCAAAUGCGAGUGGUUCGACCCGGUGGAGAACCGUGGUGUUCGGUUUAACAAAUUUGGUGUUGUGGAUAUCCAUUCUGGGAGAAGAUAUAACAAAUUCGAGCCUUUCAUCUUAGCUUCCCAAGCCGAACAAGUUAGCUUCCUUCCAUACCCUCGCCUUCGAAGUUCUGGGAUAAAUUGGUUAACUGCUAUCAAAAUAACACCUCGUGGACGGAUUGUUGCUGGAGAAGAACCACCUUUGCAAGAAGAAGAUGCAAUCAAUGAAGUUGAGGUACCUGAUCAACAAACUGAUGAAAUUCUUUUGAUCGACCCGGAUAACCGUCAAUAUGAAGAUCUUCCCGAAGAUGUGACGGAUGAAGCACGUGAAGAUGAGUUCGAUAGAAGCGAUGAUGAUCAUUGUAGUGAUGUUGAUGAGAACUCAAACGAUUCUUCAUGAUGUAAAAUAUGUAACAAAUGUUGAUUUUUAUUAGAAGAUCUUAUUUUCAUAUGUGUAUCAAAU